AUGGCGAACCUCAAGCAGAGCUUGUACUCGCAGCUCACCCGAGCGAAGGAACGGCACGUCGUGCAGCAGCUCGUCGCCACGCUCUCGAGGAAAGACUUGGUGUGCGAUUGCCGGGAUCGCACCGUCCUGGUCACUGCGCUGGGCAAGUGCUCCUUAUGGCCCCAGGCCCUGCAGCUCGUCGCCCAUCCACCGCAUCUCGUCGACGUGAUCCUCAUGGGCGCUUUGGUCACGGCUUGCGGCCGCGGACGCGCCUGGGCCCAGUCUUUGGAAUGCCUCCAGUGGAUUCAAGACUUGGGCCUUGAACUUGGUCUCUUCACGCUGAACGCAGCGGCCAACGCCUGUGUUUCCGCGCAUGCCUGGGCCAUGGCGCUGCACCUCCUGGACCUGGACAACAGGGACGAUUUGAGGCCGAACACCGUGAGCUGCAAUAUCAUGCUCAGUGCCUGUGACAAAGGUGGCCAGUUGCAGGUCCGGCAUUCGCUGCUGCGGAGCAUGGAGGAUGCACAGCAGGCGCCCAGCCUGAUCACCUUGAACACGCUCAUCGAUCUUUGCGAGGCGGCGGCGGACUGGGCUUUGGCCUUGAAGCUCUUAGAAUCGAUGCAUGACUAUGGCCUCGAGGCCGAUAUCAUCUCAUACAACAGUGCUAUGAGCGCCAGCCAGAAGAGCAGCCGUUGGCGGUUGGCGCUCUACACUCUACACUCUUUGGCCUUCCCCAGAGGCCUACAGCUGGAUGGAACCAGCUACGGAACCGCCACCAGUAGCUGUGCCAAAGCCUCGCGUUGGUCGAGCGCUUUGGCGCUCUUCGCCCAGCACUUUCCACCGGGCGCGCGACCAUACGGCGUGCGACCCGACGUGGUGCUGUGCAGCGCGGGCGCCGAUGCGUUCGGUGCAGGUGGUCGCUGGGAAGAAGUGAUCGGUUUGCUGCCGGCGAUGUCUCAGCAGGGCAUUGGUCCCAAUGCUUUCACUCUCAGCUCCACCGUAGCUGCUUGCGGACGCCGCCAGCAAUGGCUCAAAGCUUUACUUCUCCACGCAGCGGCGCGUCGAGAGGCGGCAGAGGCUGCGGUUCCAACGCCUAGCGAGCUCGUGGGCGCUGGCGUCGGGGCAUUGGCCCGCGCGGAGUGUUGGCAAGAUGCCGGGCAUUUGCUGCAAAGCCUCCAGCUGGCACGUGGAGCUAUUGCCAGCGUGGUGGCGUCCAACGCAGCACUGGGCGGCGCGGGCGGUGUGGUCGGCGGCUGGUCUUGGGCGCUGGGGCUUUUUGCAGGCCUGGCCUUGCCAGACCUCCUGAGUUUCAACUCGGCGUUGAAGGCGUGCGAAGUGGGGAGUUGCUGGGAUGGUGCCUUAGCGCUGCUCUUCCGACUACACAGUACCUGGAGAUUGCAACCGGAUUUCCUGAGCGAAGGCUCAGCCGUCGAGGCCUGUGGCCUCCUGAGCCGUUGGCCUUGGUCCUUGCAGCUCUUGCAGAGGCCAACCACGGCUUCCUUCCAAGCCGUGAUCGAUGCACUGGAGCGCGUGGGCUGUGCAGGGGUGGCGCCACAGCUUCUCGCGGAGAUGGUAUCUCCCGCGCUGGUUCCGGCGGAAAAAAGAUUCGUCCGAGGACAGCAUGGAUGA